UCUGUACAAAUGUAGGUAGGAUUGUAAGAUGUUUACAUUCUGUUAAAUGUGGUCAAUUUUGCACACACAAAAAUAAACAAAAUUUAUUUAAUUUUUAAUUUAUUUCUAACGAUCAGUGGAGUUUGUAACGAAGGAAAUAGAAUGAAUGCAUCGCAGAAAUUCAUUAGUGAAUUUCGUGAGAUUUUCAAGCUGUUUGACAAAGAUGGCGAUGGUGCAAUUUCAACGAAGGAACUGGCUACUGUGAUGCGGUCGUUGGGACAAAAUCCCACCGAGCAAGAAAUCCGGCAGAUGGUGAAAAUGGUCGACGCUGACAAUGAUGGUGAGGUAGACUUUGAUGAAUUUAUGAAGCUCAUUGCACGUAAACUCCAGAGUGUGGAUAUAGAGGAGGAGAUUUUAGAAGCGUUCCGAGUGUUCGAUAAAGAUGGCAACGGUUCCAUUUCGAAAGAUGAAUUGCGAUUCGCUAUAACAACACUGGGUGAAAAGGUCAAAGAGAAUGAACUUGAUGACCUCAUGAGAGCGGCAGAUCUGAAUGGAGAUGGACAAAUUAACUAUAGUGAAUUUGCAAAGAUGAUUGCUCCAUAAAAAGAACGUUCUACGAUUAAAACUACUGAAUGCGUUUUUAUUGGUUUAAUAAACGUUUAGAGGUCGGCCAUGUUUGUCUGUAAAUACUAAAUUGGUAUAUUUUACUACUAAUGAACCCCGCUUCUAUAUGUGUUCAAUUUCAUUUUUCUUAUCUGAAUAAAUUAAGGAGCAUUUAUUGAAAUAUAUUGAUAUAUACGAUGA